UGACACCAGCUCCAAGUUGGAAUCUUGUAGAUACAUUUUGUUGUUGGUUGUUGGACGACUUAAUAUUAAAGUCCUAGGAUACUAAGGGAAUGCAACGUAAACAAUAACAUUUAAACGUGACUAUAAUAGCUUCGUGUGGUAUUUCGCGAAAUUCGAAGUUUAAUAUAAAGUUCUGGUGCAGCGCAAGAAGUUAAAGUUGAGGAGUGCACACCCUAAAACUGGUUUUGAGUUUACCAAGUGGAGCGACUGUAUAUAUGUAUAUAAAUACAUAAAUAUAUGUACAUGCAUCUGUAAAAGUCUUCAGAAAUUUCAACUCUACUUAGGAAUUGCGCUGCAUAAAAGAAGCAUUCCAUCGUGAAAUAUAAAUGAUUAAAUUUUAACUGGAGGCUAAAAACAAGUAACUGCCAUCAAAAUGGGAGAAUGCUGUCAAUCGUGCAUGGCGCGUAUACCCUACGCCACUUUGAUUGCCACUCUCAUGUGCCUCCUAGGCGUGGGCAUCUUUUGCUUCACCAUGUACCGAGGAGCCUCACUCACCGUCAUAAUGUUUGAUCAAGUCUUUCAUUUGCGGCUGAUAUGGAUCGAGGCAGUGCAAAUGAUAUUUGUCAUAAUUGGUGCUGGGAUGGCUGCCCUCGGAUUUAUGAUAUUAUUCGUUGGCUUCUUGGCCACCGGAUCCACCAGAUACAAGGUUUACAGGGCGUGGCGAUCACGAGUGGGCGGUCGAAUCUCCUGCGCAGUUCUUAUGGGGAUCACAUAUCUUCUCAACUUUGUGUGGAGUUUAAUCCUCUGUUUUCUGGUUGUAGUCACCUUUAUUUACACGAUGUUUUGGAACAUGUGCUCGAGUGUGGAGCACUCUCAAAGUUGCAUUGAUUUGACACAAUUCCAUUUCAUGUUUCCGCCAAACACAAAACUUGAGGAUAUGAAGGUCUGCGAAAAGUACGAGAUCAAGGCGUUCUGUAAGGACGGCGUCGAGAACGCCGAAGUCAUGUUCAUAUUGGCCACCCUGUCUACUCUGUUAGUCAUCCUUAGUCUUGUCCAUUAUUUGAUGUGUCUCUCCGCCAAUUAUGCCCAUAUUCGGGACCACGAAAAGUUUCAGGAGCUACAGGAAAUCCAAAACCUCAACGAGCUGGAGUACAGCGCCACGUCGAAGGAUCGAUUCUAGGAUAUAUUUCAGAAGAUUCAAUUUGAGCUUAAGGACAAGCCUAGCGCUAUUUGAGACAUUGACACUUUAUACAACGAACACUGAGCUAGAUUUCAGCAAAAGCCAACUAUCUAUAGUUUGUCUUAAGAAUAAAGUUGUGUUCAAUGCUUUUUAUGUUCAUUUAAUGAGUUAGUUGCUUAUAUUUAAUUUAUAUUCAAAUCCGUUCAAUCAAAAGAAAGGUCCCACUGAAAUUCCACUCUGUACAAUCUUCGAUUUCCGUCCAUUAACUUAAGUUAGUAUACCCCACUUAAUUAUAGUUCAAUCAUGAAAUUAUGUUGUUAGUUUGUUAUCAUCCUGCAGACGAAAAAAAUCCAUUCAAACAUAAUAAAUGCACACGCUUAUGCUCAAAUUGAUUCUUCUGAAUUGCCGAAUGCAUUAAAUACAAAAACGUUAGUUAAUUGGAACUUAUUUCCUAUCACAUAGUGUAAUUCAUCUGUGCGCGGACUACCAUCAAUAUCUGUACAAGAAAUUACCUUAACAUGUAUUAACAUCACUCAUGCAUCUAUAGUUGUAAAGCAAUACGAAUCCUGCCGUAGUAAAUCUUUAAGUACGGCAGUCGGAGUUUAAACAGAAUCGAAUGGAUUUUAAUUGACUAAUCUAAGUAUAAAUAUAUUUACCUUGUAUUUUAAUAAUACAUUAUUUUAUUAGUAAUUUAGUAUAUACACAUACAUACAUAAUAAUUAUAAUACUAAUAUAUUUUAUACUACACUUUUCCUUCCCUAAAAGUAUACAAAAAUGAGGGAUUAUGGAGUGUUGUUUACAUGUAGAACUUAAAAUGUGAAAUAA